GGCUUCGGUCUCGUAUUCGAUUCCCUUCAUUGUUUUGCACGGAAUUGGGGAUCAAUGCAAGAAUAGAGGGAUGACGCAGUUCACGGAGCUUCUCAGUAACUACAGUGGAGUUCAAGGAUACUGCUUAGAAAUUGGAGAUGGUACAACUGAUUCCUGGUUUAUGCCCUUGAAGGAACAGACUGACAUUGCAUGUGAAAAGGUUAAGGAAAUGAAAGAACUAGACGGGGGUUACAACAUAGUUGGGCUUUCUCAGGGGAACUUAAUAGCCCGUGGGAUUAUCGAGUUCUGUGAAGGCGGCCCCCUAGUUAGAAAUUUUGUCUCACUGGGAGGCCCUCAUGCUGGAACUGCUUCUGUGCCACUUUGUGGUACAGGAAUCUUUUGCAUACUUGCAGACGCUCUCAUUAAGUCAGAAAUUUACUCUGAUUAUGUGCAGUCUCGUCUUGCUCCAAGCGGCUAUCUCAAGAUUCCAACUGUGAGUAUUGAUGUUUUGUCUUGGACCUGUAUACUUAGAAGCUAUGUUGCAUGAUGAUGGAUACACUGAUAUAAACACUUCACCGCCAGACAGAAAAUUCUACAAGAU